UUCCUUCCGUAUCCUUCUCUCUCGCACGAGACACCCGAGUCUCUUCUCUUCUCUUCCCUUCAGUUUUUCAUUUCAUCUUCUAUUUUGACCUAACGGCUGUGCUGUGCCUGUGGCUGCUCAAAUCUCCAAUCCAGAGCUGCACCUCUGCUGUGGCUGCUGCGAUUUCACGAUCUCCCGCCCAGGCCUAGGCACACACAACACAAACCCGAUUAAGAGCCGCCACAACCACCUCCAUUGCCGAAGGUUCUGGUGGUGUGUUUUUACAUUAAUAUCCUGGAGCUGUGUCGUGGUGGGUUGUUUUUUUUGCGAAUUUUGGUGAAGCAACACAGUUUAGGGCCUGUGACACCUCUGGGUUACUAGACGAUGGAACGGCGCCGUUUUGCUUAGGGGACAAAAUGUUUGGUUUGGUUUGGUUUGGUUUCACUAGAGCUGGGCAUUUCAUCGGAAACUCCAGCGUAGCUCUCUCCAUCUCCACAGCAGCUCCUUCCCAUCCGUCUUCUCUCCAUUCAGAUUCUGAACAACCGUACGGAAAACCAAAAAUCGCCAAAUUCCAAAACCAAGAAAGUGCUGCCUAAUCCUCAUCCUCCUACUCCAUCUCGUUGAUUUUUUCCAAUUAUAGUUCCAGUCAAGGUUCUUCAUUACCACUGGCCCGGAACACCACCACAGAAGGAGGUAGAACGAUCGAAAACAGGCGAAGUCGCCCCACCGUUGCCGCCGGUGUCGAGUUUGUUUCCGGCCAAUUUCGGUCACCUCUGUCCGCGAUCUAUCUUGCAAAAGGUAGAUCUCGUCCUCCUCUAUCGUUCCCUUAGAAGACCCGACCCAGGCAAGUUGUGUGUAUUGAAUACCUGGAUACAUAAUCAUAGAAGAAUUGUCAGAAGGAUUCUUGGAUUGCAAUGGCAGCUUCUGCAAAGACUCUAACUGCUGAAAGCCAUACUUUAAAUGGAGACUGGACAGUUGUUUCAUCUCGUCGUGGAAGACAAAGAAGAAAUCCUCCAAAAAUUACAAUUCGAGUACAGAAGCAACCAUCGCAUUGGGCUCCAACUGAUCUCGAAAUCAAUUUUGCCCGAGAAUCAAAAUUGAUGCAGAAGAUGCAGAUCUCUAUGAAGAAAUUGGAGAUGUCUCAAUUCUUUCUUAAUUUACUGGAUGAAAUGCAAGCUCCAGAAAUGAUGAAUUACUUCCAUAGGGUUUUGAGCUCGGAGUUGAAGAUGAAGAUGAUUAUAUAUGGCAUAGGCAGCAUUGAAUCAUAUGAAUCCCCUCGGUUGCAGUUGAGCCUUGCCAUCUUGCUGAAGAGAAAGUUCAAUUGGAUUGGAGAUAUAGAGGUCUUUGAUCCCAUUCUUUCUGCCACAGAAUCACGGGUUUUGGAAGCUCUCGAAUCUUCUGUGUUAUCGAUAAAUGAACAAGGUCGGCGUCAGGCUGAGAAACCUACAAUGUUCUUCAUGCCACAUUGCGAGGCAGAGCUAUAUGAUAAUCUUCUACAAGCGAAUUGGGAAGCACGGCUUUUGAAUUGUACAGUAUUGUUUGGGAAUAGCUUUGAGACAUAUGAGCAGCAUCUAUCAGAGUAUAAGAAUUCAGCUAUUGUUGAUUCGACAAGGCAUAUCUUGGCUGUUCGAAAAUUCACAGAUGAGUUUAGGAUUAAGACAAUUUCAGAUACUUAUUUCAGUGCCUUUCAUGAUUCGAGUUGGCAUUUUUUCAGGCCUGUCCUUGAGACAGAGCUGCAGUUGAGCAAUUUGUAAUUGUGAGUUGUUGAGAAAUUUCGUGAUGAUUGAAACGUAUUAUCAUUUUUAGUACCCCAUGCCCUAUUGCAAAAGUUUCAAGUGUUGGUAUUAUCAGUGCCUUUCAGAAAUUUCCUGAUGUUUCAAGUGUUGGUAUUAUUGAUUCCUAUUAACCAAAAGCCAUAGGAUCAAAACCCACAGAAAGCCAAGAAUGUUACAACAAUGAAAAACAAGCUAGAAGAAAAACAAGACAGAGCAUUUGAACAAAAAAAAUAUACAGAGACAGACCCAAUACUAAUGUCUCUAAUUAAGGCCAAACUGAGUCGACAGAAACCCUAGACUCUAGCUGUUGCAGAAGAUCUUCCACAGCUACCAUCACCUCAUUUUCUUGUGCUUGGCCAUUGCAUUUGUAGUUGCUUCCAUUUCUGGUCAGUGGGUUUAUGGCGGUAGAAGAAUUAGAACAAGAAGAAGGAGGAAGUGUUGCCCACCACAAAUUACUUGGAUCUGUGUUAUGGGGCCGACCUCCAAGUACAGACAAGAGAAGAACAAGAGAAGCCAUAGAAAUUUUGAUGGAAUUGAGAGAGAAAGAAGAAGGCAAGGCAAUUGAUGCAGUUGAAGUUGAAGUUGAAGAUAGCGAGAUGACUUGUUUUGGGUUUUAUAUAAACUAGUAUGCCGGGGUGGCGGGGGGCGCAUGAGAAGAAGGUGAAGCAAAGUGAUUUAAGGAGCCCACUGCUUUUGUUGUUAGAUUAGACCCAACGUUUGUUUGUUCGACAGGAAGAGGAGAAAACAAGGGACGCCCACUUCCCCAAAGACACUAAUUUUUCAGGUGACUGAAUGCUAGCCAUCGAUGAGUGGAGCCCAUGGAGAUCAAAGGCCGGCAUUCAACCAUGAUGAUAGCGUCUAAUUUUUCAACAGCUGGUGGUGGAUAGUUGGUGGCUGUAUUUAAUUUUGGGCUUUUGUUGUUGAACUAGAUGGUAUCCAACUGUUGCGGCUAGUGGGACUACUUGUAUUCAA